AUGAAAUUGAUUGAUAUUCUAUUUGUACUGACUGCGGCAGCAACCGCUAAUGCAAUAUUGAUACCGGCUAAUAACGAUGGUUCACCCAAAGCAUCAGUCACUUCAAGCCAAAUGUCUGGUCCGACUAACGAGCCUAAUCCAGAGAUUUCUGACGAAGACUGGCAAGACAUAAUGGGUAUAAUUAAUUCAAGCACUUCCAACCAAGAUCAGCAACAACCAAUCGAUGUAGCUGUUCCAAGCACUUCCAGCCAAGACCAGCAACAACCAAUUGAUGUAGCUGUUCCAAGCACUUCCAAACGAGGUCGGAAACAACAAUCGAUGGAUCAAUCCGGUCCAAGCACUUCCAAACGAGGUCGGAAACAACAACCAACUGAUGUAGCCAGUUCAAGUUCUUCCAAACGAGUUCGAAAACGGCCAAUGGGUGAACCCAGUCCAAGCACUUCCGAUCAAAACCAGCAACAACCAAUCGACAAAGACGAGUCUGUCAAUCCUGUUCCAAAUCAAAUGACUAGAUUAAGCGAAAAAGAUCAAAUGGAUUUUGAUCACAUGAGGAUAGUGUUUAAAUUGUCUAGAAAGAUAGCAAAAGAAAAACGCAGAGAAUAUUAUGAAUAUUCAGACCUUGAAUUAGAACAUCAAUUGGCGUUAGAAAUGGGUAAAGAGUUGCCUGAUUCAAAAUACGAUCCAGACGCUAAAAAGAAAGCAAGAGAAGAUUAUAAAAAGGCAAGCAGAAAAGUAUACAAUUUCAGACGAGAGCUAAAGAAGCUUAUGAAAAAGUAUGGUUUAGAAUUUGAUGAGCCGAGUUCGGAUUUGGAUUGA